AUGGCCUCAACAGUUAAAACUCAAUACGUUCAAGUCCCAGAUGGUUCAAAAGUCUUUUAUAGAGAAGCUGGAUCAUCUUCAAAACCAACAUUCUUAUUAUUACAUGGUUUCCCAACUUCUUCUCAUAUGUUUAGAAAUUUGAUUCCAAUCUUAGCACCUCAUUUCCAUGUUAUUGCACCAGAUUUACCAGGGUUUGGAUUCACUGAAACACCAGAAGGUUAUGUUCAUACUUUUGAUAAUUUAGCUAAAACAAUUGAUCAAUUCACUGAAUCUUUGAAAUUGGAUAAAUUUGCUGUUUAUAUCUUUGAUUAUGGUUCACCAGUGGCUAUUAGAUUAGCUUUAAACCAUCCAGAAAGAAUCAGUGCUAUUGUUUCACAAAAUGGUAAUGCUUAUGAUGAAGGUUUAGAUAGUGAUUUCUGGGCUCCAUUAAGAAAAUAUUGGGCUACAGGUAAUCCAGAUGAUGAAUUUUUCCAAAAAGCAUUAGGUGAUUUCAUUAAUGAUCCAAAAAAUACUUGGUCACAAUAUUAUGAUGGUGUUUCCAAGCCUGAAGUUAUUGAUCCAUUACCUGGUACUUUAGAUUAUCAUUUCAUUACAAGACCUGGUCAAACCAAAAUCCAAGUUGGGUUAUUUUAUGAUUAUCAAAAUAAUAAAAAAUUAUAUCCAUCUUUCCAAAAAUAUUUAAGAGAUUCUAAUGUCCCUGUUUUAGUUGCUUGGGGUAAAAAUGAUGAUAUUUUCCAAUAUCAUGCAGGUGAAGCUUUUAAAAGAGAUGUUAAGAAUUUAGAGUUGAAAUUUUAUGAUACUGGACAUUUUGCUUUAGAAACUCAUUUAGAAGAAAUUUCGAAUGAUAUUAUUAAUUUCUUACAAAAGAAUUUAUAA